AUGAAGGAGGAGCUGGUUGGCGAAUUCGUGUUCAGGUGGAUCCCACGAGGGACGAACAAGGAAGCGGACGCGGUGAACAGAUGCUCAUUGGAUAUGUUUGCGAGCAGCAGCAACAGAAAAUGCGAAAGAUUCGUGUCAAGGGUCGCUGAACCAGGCAGUGUCGCAGCAAACGCACUGGACGGAGCCAACGAGGACCUGUGGGCGGAGGAUCAAAUUUGGGAAAUUGAGGAAGAUGAAGGGGAGGGCGAUACUGGGAUGCCCGGAUUGGCGGUCCCAGCCCUAUUUCCCGUUGCUAAGGAAGGAGGGGAGAUGGGCGAAGUGGAUCAGGAAAGGCGUUAG